UUGAGGCCAAGAAUUGUCCAGGACAGUGAAUUGGUAAGAGAGAAGCUGCAAACCUGCAAGCAGUAGGUGAAGUGGAGCUCUCACUGGGGAUCAUUGGAUGGUGUAUGCCCCAAACCGCUCCGGACUAAUCACUCCAGAGAUUAUAAAAUCCAUCGCCACCACAAUAAUUUUUGCCGGGAAGGCCAUCGCCACCACAAUAAUUAUACUUGUAUACUACUGUAGAAUAAUUCUCCAUCGCGAGAUUAACAAAUGCAACGAGAAGAUUCCAGCAGUAUUAGUUUUCUUCAGUGCUGGCGAUCAGUCUCUCUCUGACAGACAGUUCAUUCUCAUGUACUUCUCUACCUAUUCAUAUCCAUUCUCUGCAGGCCUGCAGCUAUAUAUAAACACACCAUCCAGCUUCGAGCUAGCACACAUCAUCUCUCUCCUGACCUAGCUAAGGAUAGCUACACGUACACUGCUACUGCAUAUAGCUAGCAAGAUAUAUACAGAGAGAAACAGAUCGAUCGAGCUAGAGAGAAAUUAAUUUCUGAAUUUCACAUGGAGAAGAACACAUCACACUACUCUUCAUGCAUUAGCCCCGGGGAGACGCCAUCUAUGUCAGCUGGAGAGAGCAGCUGGGCGCUGCACAUUGCGAACUUCCUGGCGUCACCGUACAACAGCCAGGAGCAGAUGAUGAGCCAAGAACUCGUUUCAGGCGGCAGAAGCAGCUUCUCCUCUGGCUUCUCUUCUUCGUUUGCUUCGUAUGGCGACCUCGACGACGACGACGAUGCGUCGUUCAUCACGUCGGAGAUGAUGUGCGACGACGAUGACGAGGAUGAUUCCUUGCAGGACACUGCCUGUUCAUCUGCAGCUGGCCCUAAGUUAACUAGCAGCAUGAACAAUGUUGAUAUGAGUUCAAUGGCAACCACGGAGGCGAAAGAUAUCAACAUCUCACAGCUGGCCAAGUAUUUUGUCGAUGCCAGUUCACGACAGCCGGCCGCUGAUGUGGUUCAAGAAAUGGUCAGUGCUGAUAACAACAACGAGAAGACACUGUAUGAGUGUAAUGAUCUAAGGAAGAAGGGGCUCUGCUUGGUUCCUCUCUCCAUGUUGAUAAAUUAUCUUCAAUGAUUGUACUGUGCAUACGUGUACUGUCAGUAAUCAGUAUUCAGUUUAAUUGUAUGCAAUGAUAGUGUUCAUAUACCACUCUCGUGUCUCAGCUGAUCAGAAACCUAAUCCUAU